AUGGCAGACGGGUUGCGUGCGGGAGACACAGUCGGCGAUGUAAUCGAAAAAACAGUGAAAAACUAUGACAUUGUUAUGGAGUACAAAGGAAACGACAGUGCGAGCGCGUCCCUAGGCAGUGAGAAAGUGAAUUGUAAUUAUUAUAGUAGCAAAUCGUGUGACAGUGCUAAGUUAUUUGAUAAGUUGCGUGAAAAUGGAUCCAAACAUGAGGGAUUGCUCGCUGUCUGCGACGAGGAAGACUGCAGGAAAAAGAGAUGCGUCGACCGAUACGACAGUUCGGAAUCUUCAGACAGUGGCGUAGCCGUCCUCAGUUGCACCGACUGCAGCGGCAGCAGUACUGCCUCGAGCGACAUCACCGACCCCGGAUCGCCGUUCAGUACCGCCUCAAGCCACUCCGAAGAUUCCGGUACCGCCCCGCAUAAGCCACCCGCGAACAAAAUGCCGCCCGCGCAGGCCGCCCCCCACCCGCCCUGGCACUGGACCGUUGCGGCGGACGAGGCCUCGCCGCCGGCCCCGAAGAGACCGCUCCCUGACAAAACCGUAUUCGCCAAACGUCUUAAGUCCGCGGAGGAACCGCCCCCCAUCAAUACCCCGGACCGCCACCGUCACGUGGUAUCAGCCAAACUAUUCGUCGAAAAGAAACGGGUCAUUCAUUUGACUAAAGGGGGCGUCCUCGAUUCUAGUCUCACCAAUAAUAAUAAUAAUAAUAAUAGGCAGAAGGUGGAGCCAAUCAACAAGAUGCAACAGGGCAAGAUUACCGAAUACUUCAAGACCCAGGCGAAAGUGAAUGGCGUCAAGAAGGAGCUGCCGCUCAAAAGCAAAACGGCCGGCGGCAAAUUCGUCGCGUUGAUCAACAAACAGACGGAAUUUAAGCGUCACCACCAACCGUCGCAGGCUAUCAAUCAAAAGAAAGCUGCGCAGCCCGAAACAAAGCCGAGAAAGUUCGCGCAGACGGUCCCUCGGAAAAUACUUCCCGCACCCAGCAAAGUCCCCGAGAGCAUCGCCCAGUUGGGCGGCAUGCAUCACCACCACCACCACCACCCGUUCGCUCCGACGGUGACCUUGACCGCGGUCAGUUUUCCGCCUAAUUUGGCGUAUCUGCAUACCAAGAGUCCGAAACCGCCCGACAAUAACAUAUUCGUGCCCCAAGUGAGCACCAUCCCGUUGAUCAACCGUAAUCCUUGCCUGAACGUGAUCCAACACCACCACCCCAACCACCAGACUAUACCGAAACUGACUGCGUUGAAUAGUUUCAACUGCGUCAAAUUAAAUGCGACAGUAGUGCCUAUCGUGAAGUUAAACGCGUUGCCUUCAAGAUUAAACGGGUCACCGGGGAAUAUAGCCUUGAGCGUGGACACUGCCGUACCGACAGUCCUAUCGGCCAGGUCCAAGCCAGCGGAGGGUCACUGCGCCGCGACGCCGGCUGUAGUGUCAUCUCCAUCCGUUUUUAUACCAAAGCAAUACAGCGGCAGCGCCGCGGUCAGCGUAACAGAUAGUGGGGGCGGGACUCACCACCAGCAGCAGCAGUGCAGGAACGAGAAGACGAAGACCGUUGAACCAUACAGGACGGCGGAAUGUCAGACGCAGCCGCAGUCACCCGUGGAAAAGGUGGACGAGAGGGUCGAUCAAACACCAUCACCCACCGAUUCCUCGGACAGCGGCGUGUCGAGCAAAGGGAGCAGUCUCGAGGUGUGCGUUAGCGACGAUCCCGCCCCGGUAGAGUCGCAAAAAUCGCCGAUUUUAUCGCAACCCAAGACGAUCCGGUUUCCGCCCGUCAAGCGCGAGUCCAAGAGCCAGAAAGACGAUGGUAAGGAUGUGACGAAAAGCUCACCUCAGUCCAACGACGGUAGGUGCAGAUGGGACGGUUGCGCGGCGCAGUUCGACACCAGCGGGGCCUUAUUGGAACACCUACAGGUUAAACAUGUGAUAUCGCAAUCUCAACCAAAUCAGGAGCACUUCGUUUGUCUAUGGAGGGGAUGCAAGGUGCACGGACGGACUUCAUGUUCGAGAUCGUGGUUGGAGAGGCACGUCCUGGCUCACGCGGGAACAAAACCGUUUCGGUGUAUCGUCGACGGAUGCGGUCAAAGGUUCAAUUCGCAGCUGAUGCUCGAGCGUCACGUGAACGGGCACUUCAACAGCGACGGUAGCCAGAGCGGAACUGCCAAGAAGUCGGUAGAGAACGGCGACAAGGUCAAGUUGUUUAAGAGGAACGGCCGCAUUAUAAGGUUUAGGAGGCAGCCGUGGUCAGCGCGGAUGUUCGAUUUCAUCGAUUCCGGGAUCAUGGAGGGCCUCCAGCACAAACUGCUGAGCAUGACGCAGACGAGGACGACGGGCAAAGUCGUUUCCGCCGGUGACACGGUCGACCUGCACAGUCAGAUUUUGGCCAGAAGGACAGAAUCCGACGGAACCGUCAAAUUAUUGAUCAGGUGGCAUCCACGCGACGUGGUCUCCGAUGAAUGGGUGCCGGAAAAAGAGUACAAAUCGAGCAGGCCGCUGCCGAUCCCGAGGCUCAGCCCUGCGUCAAAGGAGGCGCUGGCGCCGGCGCUGUUUCCCAACGACGUGACGCGGCCGCCGCGCAAACACCAUAGGAAACCUGUCAAAAUGACGACAACGUGAUAAUUAGCUCUGUCGAUACAUAAGCGAUUUUCUUUUUAUAAACUUGUAAAUGUAAAUAGGUAAAAAUUAAUGGGUCGAGCCGUUGUCGACCCGUUCAGCUACCGUGGUCGCUUUUGACCACAGUGAUUAGUUAAAUGGUCAAAUUGAACUCUGACAUGGAAUAAUAUAAUAAUAUAGCGAACCGUGAGCGUUCGUCACAGAACACAGAAAUUGGUUAGGAACAGCGUUAGCGUAGAAAAUGGUAAUGGGAGACGACUUCGGCGUUUUAGGCGCCGCUUCAGUAGAGAUCGGAACUGGCAAAGUUGUGAUGCAGCUGUCUCUUCACCAAAAGCUUGAGUUAGAGUUUAAAAUUGGUAACCACAGCUUGUAGUUCUCACAUUCAUCUGCUUAGCGAACAACUUCCAACUAGGACAUUUUUUUUUCCGUAUCCAAUGGUACGUCAUUUCAGAGCUCCCGAGAUUCGUGUUAUCAUCUGUACGAAAAAUAGUGGCGUAUAUUUGCAAAAUUUCAACAAACCGCUUGGCAAGCAAAUAGUUUGAUCGACAAAUCGAUGACUUUUUUUGUUGUUCAGUAAUUAUAGUUUUAACAGUGUGUUUAUUGCCGUAAUGAAGAACUUCGAAAUAUUUCUAAUUAAGCGAAAUUGACCAUUUCUAGAUGCGGGUGGACAUAGAGCAGCAGCCCUUGUUCAUUCUGCUUCCCAAAUAGAUUUUUUUUUUGGAAAGCGAAAGGAUGGCGAUAAUAGUCAUAACAGUCGUAAUAUUUCCAAUACAAUGGCAAGGAAAGUUUACAUUGUUACAAUAGAAGGGAAAGCAGUUACUAUACUACUUUGACGGAGGAACAGUAAAGCGUAACGUUGCCAUUUCUACCGCACUCUGCGGCGCCUGCAUGGCGUCUUCCCUUACAAUUUUCUAUUUUAAGCUCGCAUAGUGGAGAAUUGUUUCCGCUCAAGGCCACGGAAUAUGCAAAGGGCACUCGAACGAUGUCUUUUAGAACAGUCCGCCGAGGUAUGUUGUAAAAAGAAACAACCGCGUUAAGGAUGAAACGGCGAGCGUUUCGCCGCACUAGGCUGUAUGUACAUUGUAAUUGAGAGGUUUCCUUUUUCGUAAGUUAAGCAAAGAACGGGAAAUGGCCUGAAAUUGGGUUCUUCAGGAUGGUUUUGACCGUUUAAGCAACCAGCGUACCGCCACUGCCAUUAUUCUGGUUAAUAAUAAUAAUAAUUAUAAUAUCGAAAUCGUUCUAGUUUAGGUAGGGAAAAUAAUUUAGCGCGCAUGCGUAGUUUCUUUUCUUCGGUUUUCGUUUGGUCGCGACAAAAACCGUAUUUUAAUUUUAAUUUAGUUGAUUUUUUAACAUUCCCUAUUUUGUAUAUUUUUUUCUACAACGUGUGACAAAAAAUAAAAAAAUUCAGUUGACUUAACACUGCCAUUCAAGAGCUGCCGACAAGACGUUUAGUGUGAUUUUGAUUAGGACAAACGCCAUGACAUUUUUUUUCUGAUCCUUUCGUUACGAGCAAAACAGACAUGGACUCGCGGUGUUCAGCAAACAAUAAUGUUAAACGAUGCCGAUCAAAACCAAAAGUCAAAAAGAAAAAGAUCAAAAUCGUUUUUGAUCGAGAGGGGAUCUUACACGCACAAAUUUUGACAAAAUUUAUAACGCCACAGGUUAAUUUUUGGGUUUCAAAGUUACCAAUAGAUAAAAGAUACAGAUUUUUUAAAUUUCGCAUUUGGUUGGCAUUGAUAGUGCCAUUUAUAUUACCAAUUUGUUGGCGUGUGUUUAUUUUUUACCUGAACAAUAGGUUUUGGCAAAAAGUGUCCGUGUAAAACAGGACUUAGCGUUUUCAAAUCAAAUUUAUGGCAAAACUCAAUCAAUAUAUACGAAUGUGUUCCGUUACGAUGCCAACCUUUAUUUUCGUCGUAACAGUUUUUUAAAAAUUGAUCUCAAAAAGUGUUCGUUCUCUUUUUUUUUUAAUUAGUUAAUUUGAAGAUUCCGUAUUUGUCUUGUUCUUUUUUUGAAAUCAUGACGAAUAUGAAAUUUUCACCGGCAAUCCCAAAAUGUCUGGCAUAAAAUGGGGGAAGAUGGAGAAUAAAUCUUCCAGCCAUUUUAAAACGUCCGAUUUGGAUUCGACAUGGUGGGAUUUGCAGUGAGCCCGCAUCUUUUUUUUUUAUUGCAAAAAAGACGCAGGACACGCAUGUAGUACUUAAAAAUGUGGUGCAUUUACCUUUUGUUCGUUUUACGAUUUCAUUGUAUAAAUUAUUUGCUCACGAUUUAUUUUUUCGGAACAAAAAGCGCGGCGCACGCGCACUGACUGAAAUUUUUAUAUACACCGUACAAUUUUCGUUUUAAUGUGUUUUAGCGUAGAGACUGAUUUUUUUAAAACUAUAAAUGCAAUGGUAACAAAGGUUCGUCUCGGCGGCGAGGGAACCGGGAUAAAAGUUAGCAAACAUAGAUAGACAGGGACGGUCCAAGUUUUGGUUGAAAAUUAGAAAAAUAUAUAUUAAAUUAAUUCCCAACCUUAAACGAAACGUUUUUGUUUUACAGAAACUACAUAUUCUCAUUAUUUAAUUUUUAAUAUAAAGAGUGGUAGACCAAGCACUGCAAUUUUUUGAAAAUUUCUACUAAAAACUAAGAAGCUUGGAACAAUUUGCGGAUUUUGAUUUCUUUACCGUUUAAUUAUAAAAUUUUGCAUUUUGAACCGUUUUUUUUUACAUGUGACAGCGAUUUUUAAAAAAUUCCGUAUAUCGCUUUUAGAAUGUGUCUCGUGAAUUGAAGGCAGAGCCCUCCUGAUGAGGUUUUGGUACAAACUGUUUCAAAAAUGGUGAAGAUAUCAAAAAUACUCCAAAAACUGGUGUGUUCAUAACAUGUGGGCCAUCCCUGUCGAAAAUUGUAUUAAAUUCGGCCACCCUCGCGGCGCGACGCCCCCCAUCAGCCAACAAUUCGGUUGCUAUUAGUUGUAUACUAAUAAUUUAAUUUAAUUACUGUAAAUAAAUGGCAAUAUUUAUUAAGGUUUGCUGUAACUACUAAUUAACAUACGGGGAUCCCCGGGAUCCGGACGUAUAGUCCGUCGUCCGUCCGGAUGGACUUGUAGCAACCACACCCUCACACCCCCCACUCUCCCGCUAUAUCGAACAAAGUGACGACCCCCGAACCAACUUUUUUGUAACAUAGUUUAGUCGUUUCGAAAUUAUAUAUAGUUGCGUAUCGUAGAGACGAUAUUAAACCGUAAUUGAGGAAAAAGAAAGUAACUUUUGUACACGAAAAAAUAUUCUUCUACGGCAUUGCAUUUAGACGAGAAACCUGAUUUUUAUUAUUUAUAUUUUUUUUGGAAAUUAAGACUGUUCUGCUAAAAGAAAAAUACCUGGAAAGUACCGUAUAUAUAAUAAUUAUAUAUCAUAAAUUUAGGGAAAUUUUAUUAUCUGCUAGUUGCGUUUAUUGUGUACGAACAAUAUAUUUGCUGUGUUCAUAUUAUUUUAAUGUGUGUUUUAACUCAAAUUCGGAGUCGGCAAGGUUUGCGACAAAAAGUUGAAACUAUUUGCUCACAAUUUUAUUGAGUGUUAAGUGUGACUGUGGCAAAGUCGUUAGAUACCUAAACCUGAAAAAAUUAUCAAAAAAUUUAACGCUUCUAGACGAUUUUGUGUGAGCGUUUUAACUUUUUAUGGCAAAAAUUUUAACAAUAAUUCGAUUCGAUUAUCUGAUAAUGGUGUAAGAAAAGUUCCCUGCGUGCGUUUGUCUGUAACAACAUUUAGUUUGAGUAACGUACCAUCGUGUAUCUCAAGCUUUUGACCUUGAACUUCAACGAGAAGAAUCUGAGCGAUAAGGCAUAUUGUUUUGCUCAAUUAUUUAGACUUUUUUUUUACUUUAUUUUCCGUUUCAAAAGUCCAGUCGCGGCCCUCGCCGAGCUCCUUUGUACAAAUUAUUGAUUUUUACGAUAAUAAUUGGAGAUUGUUCAAAACAGAAUGUUAGCUUCAAAGGUUUAACUGAAUGUUAAAUAGGGUUGUAGGAAAAUUUCACCUCGGAUCAUGUCCCCACCAUCAUGCGGGGGCGUGGCGCGGAGCGCAAAGUUUGUUCGACUUUAAUUCUAAGUGUUAGUGGAUGAUUAUAGAGUAUUUUAAAGAAUCACGAGUUGUAAAAAAAACGCUUGAAGUUGGAUGUGUAAACCGUUUUAUCGCGAUUAAAGAAAAAUUUAUCAAAAAAAAAACACUGACCACCCGAUGUCGUAUGAUUUUUUUUCACGCGCAAAAAAAAUUUAAACUUCUAUCCCAAUUGGUGUAAUUAUAUAUAUAUUUAUUACAAAUUUGUUAGCGGUUAUCGAUAUAGGAGCUUUUAAGUUCGGUGACGACGUCCCGGACUGGUUUGACUAUUUUAGGAUCGUAGGUUUUAAAAUAACUCGUCGAAAAGUGGGAAAAAUGAAACAAUUUCCAAUCUGUACAUAAUUUAUUCGCUAGUUUUUAUUACUUUAGUAUCGAUGUCAUGAAUUCAACGUUAUUUUUUCUUUCUAAUUGUUUUCGAUUUGGUUAGAAUAUUAAACAAAUUCUACCUCACUGUCUAUAAUUAGGUUUUAUUACACGCGCUAAUUUGCAAUAUAAAUCGCAUCUCCGCUUCAAAGAAAAGAAUUACCUUACCGCGUUUGUUUUUCCCUAGGUAACGAGUGACCUUUUUUUUUCUUUAAUUCUUCGCUCCCCCCAUUUCGAUUUUUUUUUGGGCGCCGAUGAAUUUAUAUUAUCUGUUCGAAUCUGAAGACUGUGGUGCAGUGAGGUCCCUUAUUAGUUUUUUUUGUUUAUAUAUUAACUAUCUGUUUAAUCAAUUCGAACGAACACCUAACUGCAUUUUAUUGUGAUUCGGCAGAACAACUUUUCAAGUUACUUUCGAAUUGUAUCUUAAGAAAAUUUAAAUAAAUUUGUGUAAAUAAUUCAA